AUUUAGUCGUAUCCAUGCAUAGAACAUUUUUGUAUCCAUGCAGAAACAUCUAAAGUGCUUGUUUCAAUGAAUUAAUAUGAACUGUAUUAUUUUGUCUUUUUGUAGUCCCUAGAAGCGCCUUCGAGACUUUCGCGAGAUAGUAAGUGUGUUUUUGUUCUUCAAGAAUUUAUAUAUCAGGACUUUAAGUAGCACGUUUUUCUCUUGAUUUGUGAAACUCAUUAAUAAUUCAUGAUAAAACACAAGUUAAGGACUUUAGAGUUUAGGUUCAAUUUUCUCACCAAAUAUCAUUCAUCUACAUCAUCAAGGCGUUUCACAAGCCGUCGGCUCGAGUUUGCAUAUCCGAUACAACACGGCCGCUCAUGUUGUAUUUGUAAAUAGUACAUACUGUAUAAAGAAUACAUUUUUCAUAUGAAUGGUAUAUUACAAUCGUUUCAGUGAAGUACAAACUUGAAGACGAUGACAGCAAAGACGAAAUCGAUACAAGUCUGCCGGUUCAACCUUCAGAUGUAUUUUGCUCAGUCCCAGGUCGAUUAUCGCUCCUCAGUUCAACGUCCAAAUAUAAAGUUACAGUAGGAGAAAUACGUCGAAGACUUUCACACCCGGAAUGUCUCAAUGCAUCGUUACUUGGAGGCGUGCUGAGGAGGUGGGUCCAAUUGGAAUUGUUGGGGUAGGGGGUUGAGGGAAGGGUAAAGCUAAUGCUAUGCCAGCAGACCCAUUUCAUAAUUAAUUUAGCAUGAAUUAUAAUACCAAAUUUUAUUAUAUAAAGUAUAGUGCCUUAUAGAGAUUUCGAGCACUGAUGAAACUGAUAAUCUCACAUGUGAGAUUAUUUAUGAUAAUUUCACAUGUGAAAAUUAUCGCUUCUCAAUUAUCGCUUUUCUGUAAAAAUUAUCGCUUUUCAAAGACUGUCCUUUAUGUAAUAAACAGAAAAAUACAUGGGUGCUUGGAAAUACCAGAUUUAUUUCUCGUGUUGUGCGCUCACUCGUGAGAUAUUAUGUCCAACACUCGAAAUAAAUCUGGUAUUUCCGCGCACCCAUGUAUUAUUCUCUAUUUACCGUGUAGAAAGAGUGCUCAAUAUACCAUAUUUUAGGUAGAGCGAAUAUCAAUUUUAUUUACUUAAAAUAUAGUCACAACUCUAGAGUUUCACGCUCAAUGCGAUCUUCAGGCGACGAUGUUUGAGUCUCCUGCAAUUCAACAACGUUGACAAAUUGUUGAAUUGCAGGACGAUAAUAAGUUGUUGGAACAACUUGUAACAAGUCUGUUGAGCUCAACAGCCUUGUACAGGCUUGCAGCAAGUUGUCAACAAACCGUUGACAACUUGUCAACAAGCUUGGAACAAGCAGUGCGAACACAUCCUGAUGACAAGUUGUCAGAACAACAUUGCUACAAGUCUGCUGCAGGUUUGUUACAACUUGUGCGUUUUACGUGUGCGACUCGUCGUAGCACGUGCAGAUAGACGUGCGAUUUGCGUAUCGAGCGCGUCAUUUAUUCUCAUUCUUUUGUGUUUUAGAGCAAAAUCGAAAAAUGGUGGUAAAUGUCUGCGGGAAAAAUUAGAAAAAAUAGGUUUAUCAUUACCAGCCGGACGAAGGAAAGCUGCACAAGUCACUUUGUUAACAUCAUUAGUAGAAGGUAAGGAUCAUUACGACGUAAGAAUUCUAAUGCAUCUUUUGCUAUGUAUCCUACAAACUAAAGUAAGGGGGUGCUUAUCAUCCUGUAGGGAGGCAACUCAAACACGACCGUAUCGAGGGCUUACUACGGGCGACUCUGGUUAUAUCACCAUACCACCAAUGUCUGAUCACAGUGCAUAGCUGAGGAGGAAGGGUUAGUUUUAGGUGGGGGAGCAAAACAUGAGGACCCGGAGAAAACCCACGAAACAGAUGUGAAAAGAGUCAACGAUCUGCUGAAAGUCGUGGGGCGCUCCGGUUUCCUCCCACGAGUUUUCCAGCAUAUCAAAUCUGCGCAUAUUGUAGCAAUCAUACAUCAUCCUAAGUUACCUCGACCUUCAGUAGCAAGCUAACUCAGCGGGAAGGGGCAGUUCGCUAUUAGUGAGGUUCAGAUUUGGAACAAGUAGCCAAUCAGAUGCGUUUGAUAUAUCCGAUUAACCAAUCAGAUGCGCACUAAGCCAGUGAAAUCUGAAUCUCUCUUCUACUUUAUCUGCCACCUGCAACAGUAGCCGUUGCCAACAACCGAAAUAUUUCCGAAGGGAUAUGAUCGCUGGAAAUCGUCCACAGCAAAAGAUGACUGUGUACAUAUAAGAGGAGCUGCUGGGAAUAUCAGGUCAACUGGGACUCUCGUAUACUCACUACAAACUACAGUUGAAUGUGAUAAUCAAAGUGUGAAACAGUCACUAUAAUUUCUGUGAACCAAUUUAAAGACCGCGAACUCGCGCAAUAUUAACCAGCUUUUAGUCUAUUUUCUGGAAGUUCAUGCUUUUUCCAUGAUACAUUUUAAAAUUUCUCUAUUAUUUUGUAGGCGAGGCGGCUCAUUUAGCUGGUGAUUUCGACUAUGUGUGUGUAUCCGAGUUUCCGACUCAAGCAUUAUCAGAGCAUGUAGCCAAAACACAGAAAGAAACUGCUGAAUAUGAAACAAGAAAGAGUGCCAUACUUGCUUGCAAGUAAGUAAAUAUCGAGUGGUUAAAAACUACAGUGUCAAUAAUUCUCAGGAUUUGGACAUCCACAGUCGAUACAACUUCGCAAGCUGGGCUCUCUACUUCCGCUUCCCUCCCAAACACCAGUGGCGGAAAUCUUGGUGGGGCGGAGGGGGUUGACCUAAAAGAGGGAUAAAAACAGUCUUUUCGAGUGCAAAUGGGGGGUAUGUCGGAAAUUUGAAAGUUUUGUCGGAAAUUUAGGAGGCUUUGCCCCCCCCCCCCACCGGAAAAAGUGAAUUUCCGCUUCCCUUCCAAACACGCUCCAGAAGGAAGAGGAAGUAGAGAGCCUGGUUUGCGAGGUUGCAGUCGAUAUAACCGUAGAUGGAAAUUUCGAGUGUGGAUUUUAUGUAUGUUGAAUAAAUAUAAAUAAAUAUACGUCUGAAUUGUUUAAAAUAGGCAUGAGGAAAAUAAAUACUCGGGUUAAUUAUUGAAGGGCAUCUUCUUCUUCUUGACAAGGAGUGGGCAUUGUAGCUGAAUUGUUUAAAAUAAGCAUGAGGAAAACAAAUACUCUGGUUAAUCAUUGAAGGGCAUCUUCUUCUUCUUGACAAGGAGGGCGCAUUGUAGCCGAAUUGUUUAAAAUAAACAUGAGGAAAACAAAUACUCUGGUUAAUCAUUGAAGGGCAUCUUCUUCUUCUUGUCAAGGAGUGGGCAUUGUAGCUGAAUUGUUUAAAAUAAGCAUGAGGAAAAUAAAUACUCUGGUUAAUCAUUGAAGGGCAUCUUCUUCUUCUUGACAAGGAGUGGGCAUUGUAGCUGAAUUGUUUAAAAUAAGCAUGAGGAAAACAAAUACUCUGGUUAAUCAUUGAAGGGCAUCUUCUUCUUCUUGACAAGGAGGGCGCAUUGUAGCCGAAUUGUUUAAAAUAAACAUGAGGAAAACAAAUACUCUGGUUAAUCAUUGAAGGGCAUCUUCUUCUUCUUGUCAAGGAGUGGGCAUUGUAGCUGAAUUGUUUAAAAUAAGCAUGAGGAAAAUAAAUACUCUGGUUAAUCAUUGAAGGGCAUCUUCUUCUUCUUGACAAGGAGUGGGCAUUGUAGCUGAAUUGUUUAAAAUAAGCAUGAGGAAAACAAAUACUCUGGUUAAUCAUUGAAGGGCAUCUUCUUCUUCUUGACAAGGAGGGCGCAUUGUAGCCGAAUUGUUUAAAAUAAACAUGAGGAAAACAAAUACUCUGGUUAAUCAUUGAAGGGCAUCUUCUUCUUCUUGUCAAGGAGUGGGCAUUGUAGCUGAAUUGUUUAAAAUAAGCAUGAGGAAAAUAAAUACUCUGGUUAAUCAUUGAAGGGCAUCUUCUUCUUCUUGACAAGGAGUGGGCAUUGUAGCUGAAUUGUUUAAAAUAAGCAUGAGGAAAACAAAUACUCUGGUUAAUCAUUGAAGGGCAUCUUCUUCUUCUUGUCAAGGAGGGCGCAUUAGGGCGUAUUGUAGCUGAAUUGUUUAAAAUAAGCAUGAGGAAAAUAAACACUCUGGUUAAUCAUUGAAGGGCAUCUUCUUCUUCUUGACAAGGAGUGGGCAUUGUAGCUGAAUUGUUUAAAAUAAGCAUGAGGAAAAUAAACACUCUGGUUAAUCAUUGAAGGGCAUCUUCUUCUUCUUGACAAGGAGGGCGCAUUAGGCAGUAUUGUAGCUGAAUUGUUUAAAAUAGGCAUGAGGAAAAUAAACACUCUGGUUAAUCAUUGAAGGCCACAUUCUUAUUCUUGACAAGGAGUGGCCAUUGUAGCUGAAUUGGUCAAAAUAGGUUUGACAAGCAACAUGGGGCGCAUUGCGGCAUAUAGCGUAUCGACGUUGGGCGCCAUAGGAAAAUAAAUGCUCGGGUUAACCCAAUGAAUGCCAGCUUCUUCUUUUCUUGACAAGGGGCAGGUUGUUCAAAGCUGGAUUAGCGCUAACACUCGGUUAAAAUUUAACCCGCUGUUUUAGUUAAUGUAUUUCUGCACGUCUGUUUAUUUCAAAACUUCAGAGAAGAAAAUUCAGACAAGAUCUCUAAAGAAAUAUUUCCAAGUUUAUAAACAAGGUGUCGGAAAGUUUCCUUUGAAUUUUAGGUUAACUUAGGUUAAGCUAACCCAUGCAGCUUUAAACAAUUGGCCCAAACAAUGUAGGACGCAUAAGCAUUGCAGUAUAAUGUAUAAACCAUGAUACUCGUUUUACAAUGAUUGCUCACUUUAUGUUUAGGCAAAUAACCAAAGAACUCCAAGAUGUCCUAGGACAAGAUCCCUAUCCCACAAGUCGUCUAUCAAACAGUACACUACCGGAAUCCGUCCUAAAAGGACUAACCCAUUUUGGCCUGGUCACACAUGGCUUUGGCACACCCGCGUUUAACGCCGCUCUAAAUUCCUUCCAAACAUAUCUUAGUGAACUUUUAAAAUGCCACGAGUCGCUUCAUAACAAUAAUAACGGCUAUCAGACUGGUAUGACUACAUCUAGAAGUCAGGCGUUGAAGAACGGUGAUGUAUAGCAGUGAAAUAGAUAGUAUAAACAUCGGUGAGACCGACUAGAAUAUUAUAAAUACUGCACAUGCAGGUAUACCCAAACAGGAAUACAGAUAAGUUAAGGUGGUGAUGCGCAUAUUUUCAUUAGAGAGAUUUUCCGGCUUAGACUUUCCUCCAUGAAAUUAAUCGAUUUUUUUUCUCAUAUCUUUGCCAAAUCGAUUAUUUUAACAAUAAUCCGUUAAUUAAUUAGCCUUUUCCCAAAAGAGAUCACAGUGCAUUCUGGGAUCGUUUGGAGGGACAAAAUAUAUAGAGACAGGCGUCAAAUAUGUGAAAGAGUAGAAGUAUCUACUAUCAAAUAUCAACUUUUUAGACGACCAAAAAUGAAAUAUCUCCUUUUUACAUUAAAAUUUAAUUUAAAUGUGUGCUGCCAUAUUUCUUGUCCCUCCAACAUGGGAUUUGCGCGACAAGACCCAGGACUUUGGGAAAUGGCUAAUUUGAGAUUUAUUCAAUUCGGUUCAACAAUAGUCGGAUUUCGCUAUUUCCAUAAUUUCUCUAUGUUAAUGUCACAUUAUGCGCUGUUCUGCAUUUCUUUUUGGAGGAAUUAAAAUUAGACUGUAAAUUACGGCAGCACAUGUAAGUACCAUCGCUCUUCAAUAACAAUAAUUAUUAUUUAACAAAUAUUUAUCCCGAUUUCCACGAGUGUUGAUAUAACUGUAUAUCAAUACGGAAAAAAUGUUUUAUAUUUGUUUUAUAAUAUAGCACAAAGAAACAUAAAGAAAGAAAAUUUCCGACGUUUCCGUGUUGACAUUGAGUUAUAUCAACACGGCUCUUAGCCAAUCAGCGUUCAGAAUUUACAAAUGCUAUAUUAUAAAUUGUAUCAUAGUAUAUUCUGGAAACAUCGAUCAAAACAUGUUUCCUAGAUUUUAGGGUUAGGUUUCUUACUUGAAACAGAGGAUGUUUUCCAUAGCCUAUAUUUUAAAAAUAUUCAUUUCUUGCGUCCCGAAACUUCUGAUUCACAUUUUCUUAGAAUUAGCUGCUCAAAAAGCUUAGAAUUAUUUGUUCAAAAAUUUCAUUCGCGGGGAUGUGUUUUCUAGCAGGCCGUAAAGUGACAGUCAAAAAUGCAAAGUGAGUUGUAUUCAUAGAUAAAAGAGUAUUUUUAAAGUUAUUGUUUUGUUAAAUACGUUUUAAGUAUUUAUAUACGUACUAUAUAGAUAAUGGUAUUUAAACUACGGGAACACGAACAUGUCACGUGUGCAAAAAUACGUCAUACGUUUUAGGCUAUUCACGUCAUGUAGUAUAUCAGCGAGUAAUUGAGGUCAGUGGCAAAAAGUUGAGCGUUUAAGCCUGGUUUCUAUACCACCUUACAAAGACAGUGAAGAAAGUUUACCGCGGAUUAUGUUUACAGUUGCAUUGUCAGCAUUAUAGACUUAUCUCAGGGGUGGAGUGGAAUAUUGAACUAGUUUGAUUAUGAAUAUUUCUCGUAAGGAUAUGAAAAUUUCUCGUAAAAAGAUAGGAUAGGAAUAUUAUUAAUAUUUGAAUAUUGAUAGGAAUAUUAUUAAUAUUUGAAAGAAAAAAUAUUUCAAAAAUAUCGAAGGUAUAGCAAUAUUGAAUAUGUAUAGGUAAUAAUAGUGGUUUCGAGUGCACUUUGAGAAAAACAUGCACGAGUGAGUUUUUCAAAGACUAUCAAAAUUGCACGAGUCCGAAGGACGAGUGCAAUGUGAAGUCUUUGAAAAUAUAUUUGAAGUCUUUAAUAAUAUACAUGAAAAAUUAACGGCAGCCAUUUUUUUUACAAAAAAAUGCCGGCCAUUUUUGUCACUCCUAAAAACAACUAAAUGUUUGUGGAAAUAUUUUUCAACUAAAUGUUUUUUCUGCUGGAAAUUGCUGUAUCUUAUUGGAUAUCUUUGUUAUUGUUUCAUAUUUUAAGCCAAUCAGAAAGCCUAAAUAGUAAAAAAAACUCUUUUCUUGCACUGUAUUUCAUUUCUUGGCACUGAUUUUCGAACAAAUUGCGCUGCUCUUAGCCAAUCAGAAUUUAGAAUUUUUUUCAUGUAUAUUAUUACAAAGAAAAGUAUUCUGCUUCACCCCGACAUGGAAUGAUAGCGUCUGCAAUGAGCAACUGCAAAGCGCGUCUAUAAUGAGCUACUAUUUGAUGUUCAGAUUACUUCACUAGUGUACUUUUGACAUUUUGCUUAUUAAUAUUUUUCAUUAGUACAAAGUGAUUUACGAGAUAAUGUUGGGCGAUGCCAACAAUUCAUUUGUCUUCAUUACUUGUGCGCAAAUAUUCAUAAAUAUAUGGAUAGAAUGAUACAACAAAUUAGAGUACUGCAAACCAGGCUUCAAAGUUCACGUAUAAAAAUAAAGUAAGAAACGGACAACUGUUUCCACAUAAAGCAUUUGCAACGACAGGUAAUUGUACACAUAGUUCUACGGGUUAUAUAAAUAACAGUUACCUGCACAUCGGAUGUGUGAGAGACAUGCAUUUCUAAAAAAAGAUAUUUUAAUGAAUUAAAGAUUAUUGUAAGUGAAUGUUAAAUAAAGGUUACUCUUCAUGAGAA